AUGUCAUCUUCACUCUCUAUUCUCCUCGCGUCAGCCGCGAUGGCUGUUGCGCAGACUACCACCUUGGACAUACUCUUCCCAGUGGAAGGAAUCAAGACUAUGUACGGCGCGGUUGUUGAUGCCAAUCCCGAGGUCACGACAUUCGCUCUUCACUGUGGCGAGCAUGUCGAAAAUGUGCAGUGUCACAUACUUGGCACUCAGACGGUGGUCCAGGGUCCAUCCACCCUCUCCAUUCAGUACUCUUUCGCUGGGGAUAAAGAGGCUGGCUAUUUCUCUGAAGACCUUGCGUGCAAACUCGACAGGGAGAAGGGUGCCGCCACCUGCCACAUCGACAUUGCCUCGGAAGGCAGCAAGGGCAAGACUGUGUUGACUUCUCUCAUCACCACCAACACGGAGCUGGCAUCUCUCAUGAUUCCUGCUGUCAUCACCGAGGGCAUCGACAAGCUUGAGAACCCGACCACUCCUUCUCCGGCAUCCGCAACUUCAACGGCGACCAGCUCAAAGGUGGAGGAGACUUCUGUAUCUGAAGGGAGCUUGAGCGCGGCGCAUGAAAGACCAGCUGCGUCGUCUCCGGUGGUUGAAACCAACAGUGCUUGGUCUAUGGAUGUCGGGAGAUAUGCCUUGGUUGGGUUAGUUGCCACCGCUGCAGCUUUCUUCCUGGCUUAA